AUGCCGCCUCGAAUAAAUAUCCCGCCCGUCACCCGAAUCCUCCUCAUCGCGCUCCUCGGCCAGUCCAUCCUCAGCGCCGCGAUUCGAUAUCGUCAAUGGACCGCCAACGCCGACAUCGUCAUUCCCUACUUGACGCUGGUGCCGCAGCUGUCCAUAAUCUACCCCUGGACGUUUAUAACAUCAACAUUUGUCGAGAGUAACGUGUUUACACUGGGAAUCGCUGGCCUUACGCUCUACCAUGGAGGGCGUUAUCUCGAGAGAGCCUGGUCGUCGGCCGAGUUGGCAAAGUUCGUUGCCAUUGUGUCGCUGGUUCCAAACUUCCUGACACUCUGUGUUAUGGUGCUCUUCUUCACACUUACGCGCAAUGAGAGCUGGACUUUGACCGUCAUUGCUGGUACCAUCCCAGUGCAGAUCGCAUUCCUAGUCGCUUUCAGCCAACUUGUCCCGGCGCAUACCGUGACCCUAUUCCGCGGCAUCAUCUCUCUUCGAGUUCCUCGGUUCCCGCUUCUCUACAUCGGCGCCGUCUUCCUUCUGUCCCUUACUCCCCUCCUCACAAGAGCCGCCCUAUGGCUUGCCAUCUUCGGAUUUCUCACUAGCUGGACCUACCUACGAUUUUACAAGACCGUCUUCCCCGACCUCGACUCGGCCCAGGAUGCAUCUCUCCGUGGCGACGCAAGCGAGACGUUUGCGUUUGCCGAGUUCUUCCCCAGCCCCGUGAAGCCCUUUGUUGCUGCUGUCGCUGACCAGAUAUUCCUGGUGUUGGUGGCCAUGCGAGUGUGUACACCUUUCGCGCAGGCUGACGCCUCACGAAACGAUAGCCGGAUUCAGCGCAAUGCCCCCGGGGGUGCUCGCGCCGAGGCUGAGAGGAGGAGGGCCAUUGCUCUUAGAGCGUUGGAUCAGAGGCUACAUGCCGCGACAAGCACUCAACCUGCGCAGAAGCCAACACAAGCUCCGAACCGACCUACUGGCCCAACGGUACAGAACCAGCCUCAGCCGGCUACGCAAACGGCCAUGACAUCGUCACCAGGCCCCAUGCUUGGCGAGACGAAGUUCGAGCCUGAUCAGGACGAUGCGAAGAGCUAA